UAAGCUCAGGGGGUUUUAGGAACAAACAACCUGCUUUUCAGUGUGCGGUCAGGACGGACGAGGACAACCAGCACCAUGAGGGCCGUUCAGUUUUGUCUGCUGCCCCUGCUUUCCCUGGUCCUGCUGUCAUCCACCACCGAGGCUUUGCAGUGUUACACAUGCAUGGGCUCCAACAACGCCGACUGCAACCGACAAGGCUCCAAAUCCUGUCCUAGCUACUCUGAUGCCUGCGCCAUAGUGCUGGGCCAUGACAGUGGCGUGAUGAAGUCAUGCUCCUACAAGUCUUUCUGCAGCCAGGCCAACAGCCAGGGCUACAGAGCACCGGGUGUCAGAGUUCACUGCUGCUACAGUGAUGACUGCAACGUAACAAGCUUCGCCUCCAGGCUUCCUGCCCUCAGCUAUUUGCUGCUGUUAUUUACAUUAUUGUUCCCCUGCUUUUUCAAGUAACUGCACAGCUCAGCUCGAUCUUGCUGACGACUAUCCAUCCUCCAACACAAAUGCCAACUACUUUGCCAAAUGCCUCUUUUCACACUACAUUACUUACUCUCAUGCUCAUAUUUACUACCAUUCCACUUCACUUUUUAGUUGUCUAAACACAAUCCCAGACAUCAGGGAGAUGCUUCACACUGUAGAGCUUAAGGGUCUAGGUGAGGCUGUGUGGAUUAUAUGCACCAUGUUGGAUUGAAUCCAUUAAGAAGUACUGAAGUAGAUGCGUCUUUCAAUGGAUUUCACUAAGCCAGUAAGUGGAGGAUCCUGAGGGAAGUGCUGAAAUAACAAACAGAGAUAAUUUAUUAUUUUCUUGCUGUGUGUUAAAGAACAAGAGAUUCAGUUUGAAUUCAUCAGCUUCCCUGACUGGGUCUGAUGCUCACCACACAAUAUGUGAAUCCUAUGGGAACUAGACUAUUUCUUUGUGGUUUCACUCGUGAUUUUCCAAAAUAUGUCUUGCCUGUUAUGCACUGAAGUGUUUCAACAUAACUUGUGUCGCAGCAGAUGUCGCUCUGGCUAAAUAUGGGGCUUAGAAACAUCCAAGUUGGUGUGUUGGUACAUCAUUAGCCUUCUACCUGUCAGUCACAUAACUGAUAGUUUUGAUACACUGCCUGAAAAUAAUGUACACUUUAGCCUUCUCCAGCACAUCCCAAAGAUUCUCAAUGGGGGAACAGGGUAAACUUGAACUCAUCAGUCCACAUGAUGUUUUUCCAUUGCAUUGUCCAAUCUUUAUGCUCCAUAGCAAAAUGAAGCCUUUUUGUCUGGUUAGCCUCACUGAUUAGUGUUUUUCUUAAGGCUACACAGCUGUUCAGUCCCAACCCCUUGACUUCCCUUCUCAUUGUACAUGUUAAAAUGCUCUUACUUCCACUAUUAAACAUAGCCCUGAGUUCUACUGUUUUCUUCUAUUUUAUUUCACCAAACAUCAAUCAGGAUUCUUUUCCGACCACAUUUCUUCCUUGAAGACGAUGGUUCCCCACUAUCCUUCCGGUUUUUAAUAAUGCGUUCAGUUCUUAACCCAGUUUCAGUAGUUUCUGCUUCAGUCUCCUUAGAAGUUUUCUCUUCUUGA